AUGUUCACCUCGUAUAUAGUCGUUAUUUCACUUGCUGUUGGUCUUGUUUUAACGAAACCUACACAAAAAAAAUUAACAAGCACUGAUAUUUCUUCAAAACUUUCAAUGGAUGAAACAUUUCAUCAAGCCGAAGAAGUACUCCAUCGUUAUUUUUACCUAAUUAAAACUGACGCCGAUCACCUUGCUCAUGCAAUGCUAUCAAUUCUUUUGAAAAAUCCAACCACAUUUCCAUACAUUCCAUCUCGAGCAUUGGAUAUCGCUCUGAAGAAUGUUGCACAAAAACUUGGUCAAAAUUCAGUGGAUACUCUGACAAAGCCAUUGAUUCUGACUGUCGAGCAAAAUGCUUUAAACAAAUCGUUAAAAUCCCAAUCAAAUAUUAAACUAACCGACGAAGUUAAAACAGAAAUUGAAGAUGCUUUGGAUAAAUUUUUUCAAGACCAAGAGCACUCAUCUCAUAUGUAA